CUAAGAAUCCUUUCACCUUUGCUGAGGUGUCAAGUCUCUCUCUCUCUCUCUCUCUCUCCCCUCUUAAUACUUCUACUACUGCACACCAAACUAGUAGUUACAACAAGCAACUCCCACAAAAAGAAAAGAAAUUUAGCAAGACUUUUCUCUGGGCUCCUUUUUAUUACCCUCAAGUACAGUUCCCAAGAACUCAUAAUAGAUUCAGGGAGAUCAGGUACUAGGAUGUCAGAAGGCAAGGACCCUAGUAUUAAGCUCUUUGGGAAGACCAUUCAGUUGCUGCUGCCUGAAGAAGAUGAUGAUGUCUCAGUUCUUAACCAUCAUGAGCUGGAUUCAAACCGAAGUGAUCCAGUAGUUUCAGAAGGAGACUUUAUGAACACCAAAGAACAAGAGGAAGAAAAAGUAGCAUUGAUUAGCGAGGACCCAAAGACAACCAAUGUUGACAAAGAAAAUUCUGCCGAAGAGAUGAAAAACCAGACAACAUCAUCAGGGAUGAGUGAAGAUUCUAAAACACCUAAUGUCGACAAAGAAACCUCUUCUCUAGAAACAGGUGAAAAGGAAGAUGCGAGUGACAUGAAAAACUCUGAUGGAACACUGAAAAAGCCUGACAAAAUACUUCCUUGUCCAAGAUGCAAUAGCUUGGAUACAAAAUUCUGUUACUACAACAACUACAAUAUUAGUCAGCCUCGUCAUUUCUGCAAAGGCUGUCAAAGGUAUUGGACAGCUGGAGGAACAAUGAGAAAUGUGCCUGUUGGUUCUGGUCGUCGCAAGAAUAAAAGCUCUGUGGCUUCACAUUAUCGUCAUAUAUUGGUUUCAGAAGCAGUCCAAGCAGCUAGAGCUGAUGUGACAAAUGGGAUGCACCAUCCCACUGGAAGCAUCCUAACGUUUGGCUCAGAUUCACCUCUUUGCGAAUCUAUGGCCUCUUCUUUGGUCCUUGCAGAGAAAUCACGAAAUAGUGCUAGAAACAGAUUUCAUGGUCAGGAGCAAACAAUUCCAAUUUCUUAUAAAGGUGGAGAAAUUGCAGAUGAUCAUUCAAGUGGAUCUUCUAGCACAGUUUCAAAUCCUACCGAGAAGGGAUUCAGCGGCGGCCAAGAGUCAGUAUUAACAAACAAUACCCAGAGAACAGCUGCCCAAGUACCGUGCUUUCCCAUGCCUCCUUGGCCUUGUCAAUGGAAUGCCGCUCAGUGGAGGCCUCAGACAACACAACCUGCUUUUGGCCCUUCAGGGAAUCCGAUAUCGUAUUAUCCGAUGCCACCUUAUUGGGGUUCCACCGUACCAUAUACUUGGAACAUGCCGUGGCUCUCUCCACAACCAUCGUUGCCAGAUCAAUUUGCUCAUAUCUCCAGUCCUGAGUCUCAGACGCUGGGAAAACACUCAAGGGAUGGAAGCACACUACGACCAUUAAGACCGAGGAAAGAAGAUACCUUGGACAAAAAUGAUGCUGAAAGGGGCGUGUUGGUUCCCAAGACCUUGAGGAUCAAUGAUCCAAAUGAAGCUGCUAAGAGCUCUAUAUGGUCAACUCUAGGUAUCAAAACAGAAGAUACUGAUCUUGGCACCGGGGCUGGCCUAUAUAAGGCCUUCUUGCCGAAGGCAGCUGAGAAGAAUCACAUUAGGGAGACAUCUCUGGCGUUGCAAGCAAAUCCUGCAGCCAUGUCUAGGUCGCUUAACUUCCAGGAGACCACAUGAAGAGGACUGAAUGUUCGUAGUUCAAGUUUUUCGAGCAAAGGCUGAAAAUGGCAUUGGAUUUUGAAGGCUCACUUGUAAAGCGUGUUCACUUCAUAGUGUUUUUACUUUGUCAUAAAAGCGUGUUGGUUAGACUUUCAACUUAAAUCUCCAUAGAAGAUCUGGCGGUACUUUCUUUUGUAGAAAGGUGCCAUAUCUAAUAUGUGAAUUAGCUUCGUUUUUUCUUAUUAUGUGCCAGCAACUACUGAUGUAGAUAGAUAAUUAGUUGAAGACAGAUGAAUAAAGGUGGGGAAGAACAAAGAGAUUCUGUGUUGUGCAUUGAGCAAAUGCACUUGAAUAAUUAUGAAUCCAAGUUCUUAUAUUUCUUAUUGA